AAUUUAUAUGGCUCGAAUCUUAUCCCUGAAGUCACGCCUUCAAAAAGCAAAGUCGGUUCAUGUUUCAUGAAAAAUGAUCAUGGCAUCUACUGCUCCAGCCCUUCCCCAAUGUUCAUGAAGCCUCUCCAAGUGCCAAUCUUUUGGCCUUCUAAAUCAAGCAGACUCCACAAAAAUCACCUAAUAGUGAAGACGACGGUGCCUUGUCAUCUUUGGUUAGAGUGAGAAAUCACCCAUUAUCUCUCCCUCUUUCCCUCUCUCUCUCCUCCUUUCUCUCUCUCUAAAAGCACCACACAUCUCCUUCCUAUAAAUUCAACCGAGAUUAGUUUAACUCUUGUUCUUACGGGGUGCAAUGGAUAAGCACUGCAACACCAACGAACAAGGUGAAACGAGGAAAGGGCCAUGGACCAUGGAGGAAGACAUGAUCCUCAUCAACUAUGUCAGCACUCAUGGUGAAGGCCUCUGGAACUCCCUAGCAAGAUUGGCAGGACUGAAGCGCACAGGGAAAAGUUGCAGGCUGAGAUGGCUGAACUACCUGAAACCUGAUGUUAGACGUGGAAAUAUCACGCCCGAGGAGCAACUCCUGAUACUGCAACUGCACUCCAAGUGGGGGAACAGGUGGUCCAAAAUUGCCAAACACUUACCAGGCAGAACAGAUAAUGAGAUAAAGAACUACUGGAGAACUCAGAUUCAGAAACGUUUAAAGCAAGCGCCGCAGGGCUUGGAGGGCCAGCAGACCGAUUCCUCAACCAGCACUGCUGCUGACGGCGCCGCCACCGAUGGAGGCGGCAAUUCUGGUGAUCGUGAUGCACGAUGGAUGUUGCCUGAAUUCUGUUCAGGAUCAUCUGCAGCUGCUGCACCCACGACUCAAAACUCCAUGAACGAGGCCAGCACGUCCACAUGCUUCCCUGAGUUUGAUGAGCUUUCCUCUGUCUUCAAUGAUGAACACAGCGACAACACAUGGGGAAUGGAUGAGCUUUGGCCACUGCAGCCCUUCAAUGGCUCCUAAGUCAGCUGAUCAGGUUCUUGCAUCAAUAUAUAUGUAGAGACGUGAUCUUUCCUUGUUUUAGAUAUUGAACUUUUGUUUAGCAGUUUGGUAUAUGAAGACUUCUGUAUUAUGUAUGACAAAAAGAAGUUACUAGUUAUAAUCUAAACAACGUCCAUCGAUAGAGAAAGAGAAAGGGGGCCAGUGUGUUGUGUUGUCCUUCCUAUAAUUUGUAUAUUUAGUUUCACUGUCAUUUUAGUUUAAAAUGGCUAUCAAAAAGAUAUUUGUGAACUUGA